ACCUAAGAAAUUACCAUUAAAAAAUCUGGUCACUUUUUAGCAUUCCCUGUAUUUAUUACUCUCCCCAAUGAAGUCCACAUAUUGCCUAUUUCAAGACAGUUCCUUGAAACUAAAGACAAUGAGUCUGAUUCAAGAAAGUUUGUUGUUUUAAAGAGUUACAAAACCUGUUCCAGUUGUCUUCCCUAUUACUCCCAACAGAUGUUAACAUGUUCUAAAACCUGUGAGAGAUGCUAAUUACACUUUGCUUUAAAAAAAAACUGUAGGUGUGUUGUGUAAGUAUAUACUGUGGACAUUGAAGAAGAUAUUGACUGAAAAAUAUUGGUGCUUUUGAAUUUUGGUGUUGGAGAAGAUUCCUGAGAAUAUGUGGACAACCAAGAAAACAAACCAAUAGAUCACUGAAUAAAGCAACCCCAAGUUCUCACUUGAGGCACAAAUGGCCAGGCUCAAAUUAUCCUACUUUGGAUAUAUUAUGCAGAUAUCUAGCUCUAUAGAAAAGACUCUAAUGCUAAGAAAGGAGGAAAGAAAGAAGACGACUAGCAGCCAACUGGAUGGACUCAAUUACAGUGAUGACAAAUGCACAGUAGGAAGACUGGGUUAGGGGCAAAAUGUCAUGGACAAAAUCCAUCUGUGUGGUCACAGAAUAAAAAAAAAUGAGUUGAUGAUACAUUAACAGUCAGUAUAUAUACAUACUGUCCAGGGACAGUUUGAGAUAGUUAAAAUCAAUAAAUAAAUGUGAUGUGUAUGUGUACAGGUGUUUUUAUCAUCUCUUCAUGCUUCAGAUACAGUUACUUUUUAAUACUAAUGCAAAAUUUGUUUGUGGCAAUGGCAAUACAAAGAGACAAGCCAUUUUGAAAAUAUAAAAAAGGAGAGUGACUUAAGCAAAAACUUUGAGGUUUUUGCCAAGCAGCUGUGCAGCUGUUACCAAUGGGAAAGGAAAACAGUGGUCAGAAAGAACUUCAGUUGAGUUUGUCAGUUACAACACACAUUUUCAGAAGCAUCCUUGCUCCUUGAAAUGAUGCUGUGGGCUUUCCAAGUGAACCUGGCCUGGAGGCCAUUUGGGCAUCUCUUGAUCAUUGCAGUUUUCCAGCUUCUGACAUGUCACCACUCCUUAGGUCUAUUUUCAACUCUGACACCACCACUCUAUCUGGAAAUAAAUGGUGAAAGAAAGACCCUGUUUAUAUGUUUGGUGAAUGACUUCUCUGAGAACUCACUAGGAGUAAUUUGGUUUUCCAAUGGAAAUGGGACCAUGUUGGACUCUUAUACUUAUGGCAUUUUCAAGGAAGAAGAUGGCUCUUUCAGCACAAUCGCACAAAUUUCCAUACCCAGCAAAGAAUUUGAAUCAUGGGAUAUUGUCAUUUGCUCGGUUGCACAAAAUCAAAACUCAAGAAUAUGGAACACUACCUCUCUACAAAUCUCUGAGGAGCAACAUAUGGAUGAUCUAUGCCUGUAUGAAAAUCAAGGAGUAGUGGAGGAAGAGAUGUUGUCUACUGAAAUUCUGCAUAAUCGUACACAAGAAUUACAUCUUCUGGCCAUCAGAACUUUGCUGUUCAAGUUCCUAAUGUUUAAUGUACUGAUGACCUGCUGCAUCCUUUACAAAAGAUAAGCAAAACUGUAGUGCAUUGUUACUAUAAACUCAAAUUAUUAAAAAGAAACAUGAAAAGAACUGCUAACAUUUUUCAAUGCAUGAAAUGCUUCAAGGAAUCUGGAACAGACUGCCUCAAACAGCAAUGAACUGAAAUUGGUCAUCUGUUUAUCAGAUAUGCUAUGAAUGUAGCACAAGGUAGCUUACGGCACACUUGAGGUCCAAUCCUAUCAUUUUGUGAUGUCCAUUCAGAAUUCCAGUCAUAAGGAAGUAUUCAGUUAUUAACUCCCAAGUUCCAGCAACUGGAUGACGGAGGCAAUCUUUGAUAAAACUUUUAAUCAAUGGGAACUCUGCAUGUGAUGGCCUCAAGACACAUCGGACUGAUUCCAUGUUGCUGCUUAAUCAUCAGGAUUAAUGCAAUGUAAGAAUUUAAAAUGUGCUACCUUAAUCAUUUAUUAAACCAUUUCUGAUUCAUUAAAGCAUCAUCAUCAUCAUCUUUUUUUCAGGCUUAUGUGGAAGUUUUAAAAAAAGACUAGCAUGAAUUAAGGUAGUGUUUCUCAAUCUCAGCAACUCUAAGAUAUAUGGACCAACUCUGAGAAUUUCCCAGCUAGCAUUCCCCUUUCUCCAUUCUGUGGGUUCCCUUACUCCCUUGGGGUGGAGAUGGAUGCUUUGUUAAUUGGUGCUUUUUUCUCUCUCAAUAAAAGCUUUGAUAUCCUUGCUUGAGGUGUUUUUCUUUU